UAACUAGUUAAUAACAAAGUUGUGUUUUCAUAGUGCUGUGCCUAAUAGGAUAAAAAUGAAACAGGUUAUCUGGUGCUAUAUUCUGUGUUUGGAAAGUUUGGAGGUUAUAUCUUUGAAAGAUUAUUAUUGGCGAGAAUAUUACUUCAACCAUUUGCCGGUAGACGCCGUCCCUGGCGGCCAAAACAACGACACCGCGUUCUACGUCGGUAAAGUUUUUAUCGCGAAUUAUGGCCUGUUUCCAACCAAAAUUAUCCCCGACGAAGUUAACGUCGAGGUAGGGUUCAGGGGAAUUCGUAAAACGCAAGAAUUCGUUUGGAUUUUGUGCAGCCAACGCAGGAGCUCGUUCAAAUGGGUGAAAACCAAGCAGGCCACUUUUAAUUUAACUGCCGCUACGGAGUUUUUGGUCAACGGUGGCAUUGAAAGCGGCCGAUGGCUGAAAAUCGGAAGGAUUAAAUACAAAGGAGUUUAUCAAAUAGGGAAAGUUCUUCAGAACGAAGGGAAGAUGUAUUUCGUCCACGGACAACGUGAAUACGUUUCAAAAUGUUACGAAGUUCUUGCCUUUGAGUAAGACUUAUUACCUGACCAACGCUUUCGGAGGAAUAUAAUGCAAGACUUCAUACUUCUGACUAAAAAUUAUUGUGCUCGAAAGGUAGUGUAAAAUAAAACAUGUUCCUACUUGUCCGAUUCUGUAUAAUCAACAAGAAUCGGCAAUUGCAAUAGACACGGUUACUAAAAUGAAAGAACUAACAGAAAAAGCUUCCGGAUUUCGAAUUUAGAAUGAACGUAUUGCUUGAAUUUAUAAAAUUACCCAACUCUUUUUUUCUAGUUUUAUAAAGAAAUUAUGAUUAUUAUUAUUAUUA